GGCUAGCGUGGGAGACGAAGGCGUGGACUGAGCGGACAGGGCGGAGCUCCUUCCAACGUAGAGCAGGGGCGGGAUCCCACCACGUCUCUCAGGCGGCCCGAGGGGGUCUCGUUUUCCUAGUGGGUUUGGCUUUUCGGCGGUUUGGCGUGGUCCUUGCUGGCGCUGCCCGCCGAGGCCGAACUCUUUAACUUCACUCUUCUGGAACGAAGCGGGGAUUUCCUGUCCCCUCUUUAUUUGUGGAAACGAGCUGAGAGAGGGGAUAUCACUUGCCUGCGACCAUACAGCCAGUAGAUGAAAAGCCAGAGGCCUCUAAUGUCAGCGUAAGUCUACUGAUCUACUGUUGGAGCAAAGCCAUUCAUUUCUGUUGGGUAUUUUAGCUGCCUGUGUGAGAAUUGGAGCGUAUUGAAAAAUGAAGUAUGUUUUCCAAAGGCGUGAGCUAUCUAAAGCCAUCUUAAAUGCUGUGAUUACAUUAGUUCUGAUUUGGAGAUGGUAGUAUGUUCUCCCUAAUGAUUAAUGAAGGGGAAAAGGAAAAUGGUGCUAAUACUUAUUUUGAACUAUAUGCCAGACCUUUUAAUAUUCAUUAAUCUUUGUUUGGUUUUCUUUUUAAAGAUUUUAUUUAUUUAUUUGACAGAGAUCACAAGUAGGUGGAGAGGCAGACAGACAAAGAGGAGGAAGCAGGCUCCCUGCCAAGUAGAGAGCCUGAUGUGGGGCUCCAUCCCAGGAUCCGGGGAUCAUGACCCGAGCGGAAAGCAGAGGCUUUAACUCCCUGAGCCACUCAGGCGCCCCCAUUAACUAAUCUUUGUAAUGAUCCUGUGAAAUAGGCUUAUCCUCAUUUUGCAGGCAAGGAACCUAUAACUCAGAUUGCUUAAGACUCUGGUCACUCGGCUACUAAAUGGCCAAGCAGGAGACUUUAUGAAGUUAGUCUGCUCCAAAAACUUGCUAUUCUACUUCAUGCUGAGAUGUUUUCAAACUUGCUUGUUAUCCAGUUCUUAAAAGAUUUUAAUUAUAAUAUGGUCAACAUAUAGUAUUGUAGUGUCAGGUGCACAACUUAGUGAUUCAGCAAUUCUAUACAUUUCUUGGUGAUCACCACAAUAAAAACAUUUACCCCCAUCACCUAUUUCACCCUUCCCCCCACCCACGUCCUCUCUGGUGACUGUCAGUUUGUUCUCUAUAGUUGAGAGUCUGGCCUGUAUCUUUUUUGUUUGUUUGUUUGUUUUGUUUCUUAAAUGCAACAAGAAUGAAAUCCUAUAUUUGUCUUUCCUCUGACUGACUUAUUUCACUGAGCAUUGUACCCCCUGGCUCCAUCCAUGUUGCAAAUGCCAAGAUUUCAUUCUUUUUAAAGAUUUUAUUUAUUUAUUUGACAGAGAGAGAGAUCACAAGUAGGCAGAGAGGCAGGCAGAGAGGGAGGGGGAAGCAGGCUUCUUGCUGAGCAGAGCGCCUAUCCCAGGACCCUGAGAUCAUGACCUGAGACCAUGACCUGAGGCUUAACCCACUGAGCCACCCAGGUGCCCCAAGAUUUCAUUCUUUUUAAUGGCUGAGUAGCUUGUUACCCAGUUCUUAAUUAUCCUGUGACCAUCAUUUAUUUAUAUGGGUUCACUAGAAAUAUUUUAUGCUUUGAUUUCAAAUCAAGAUCUGGACUGCAUGACUGAUGUGUAAUACACUCUAAUUGUAUGGUUGUUACUUUAGAGGGUUAGAAAGCUACGAGAUGGCUUUUGUACUAAACAAUUUAUAGCUAUGGACUUGCCAGAGGAGAGCCAGUGGGAUGAAACCACCUGCCAGCUGGCUGUUUGCCAGCAUCCACAAUGCUGGGCCACAAUCCGCCGGAUUGAGAGGGGCCACCCUCGAAUCCUGGGCCCCCCGUGCAAAACAGCUCUGCAUGAUGAAGACAAACUUCCAGUGCUCACCACUGUCAACAUGGCAGAUUCCUGCCUCUGGGCCAAGAGACAUGCUCAUCAUCAUUUAUCAGGAUUUACCUUCACCAGACCACGUGCUCUACUAUGUCCAGGUGCUAAGUUUGACUCCAAACUCCAAGGCAGGCCUCGGAAGGACUUACCUGACAAAGAUUUAAUCGACCAUCCCGAUAGAUCUCCUAAAGUAAAUCACAGAUUAAAAAAGCUUUCAGUGCUGAAUUUGAAUGAGACACAACUUCCCAACCCUCAAGAUGUUAGAAAUAUGGUUGUAAUCUGGAUCCCAGAACAACCAGAGAGGCACAUGAGUCCAGCUGAGAAGAAGCCUGUUCUUCGCAGCCAGGACUGGAUGAGGAGGAGAAUGAUCUCUACAACGAAACAUAGUUGGCUCUCCAGAAAGCAGAAAACAGAGACACAGUUGGGGCCUCCAGGGAUGAUUGUGCCUCCGCCCUCGCCCAUACAAUUUCUUGAGCAACAGUCUGUACCUCUCUGGAACCAAUUUGACAUGCUACCUCAGGAUCUACUGAAGGACCUCUUGCCUAAUGAGGGGAAGACCAUGCCUUCUCUGGAGAUGAGGACACAGUUGGCCAUGAUGAAGAAGAAAGCUCCUCUGGAAAAGAGUCGCCCCGACAGUGCCAUUUCUGCUAAGAUGUUCUUAACCGUACACCGCCUCACGCUGCAGAGACCAGCAUUGAGAUAUCCUAAACAUUCAAAGAAAUUAUAUCACAACCUGAACACAGAAGGUCACAAGAAGCAGCAGCAGUGGCAGCAGAAGCAGCAGCAGAGGAAGGUGAAAACCCCGCCGAAGAGACAGGAGGCUAAAAAGAAAUCCAAGAGUGAUCUGGGGAGUCAGGACAUUUUUCAUAAACAUUCUGGUACCGUGGUGUAUGACCCAUGCUAUGGUCACAGAACUCUACCAAGCCAAGAAAGUGACAAAAAGCAGCCACAGCAGACAAAGUCAGAAGAACCCACCUUGAGAAAGGAUUCCACAAAGAGGCCCCAGAUGGAAUACUUGGAGAAUCAUCUAGAUUCCUUCCCCAGUAAGGAUGAUCCCGAGUUAUCCAAGACAGAACCCUCUAACAAGGACAUCAGCGCUCAGGAGUGGGUUGUGCUGGGAUCCCAAGACAGGAGCUCAGAGGACCUCUUGGAUGAUACAUCUAGAAGGUGGAACCCUGAGCUCAAGCUCCUGAGGAUUCUUCAGGCCACUGAUAAUGAGGAUGAGGAGGACCAACUCUCCGAGUCACAGAGUGAAGAGUCUUUCUAGACCUCAGAGGACAACCUUAUUCCAGAGAAAGAUGCUUGAAAUCCUGGGGACAGAGACCUUGGACAUACAGACGGAAAGGAGAAGGGACUUCUGCUCCUGGGAGCCUUCAUGAGGGCCUCAUUGUAGGGACUCUGCUUUCUUCAUUCACUUCUCCUUACCUCUAAAAUUAGUGAGGGAGAAAAAGCCUCCCCGCUUUUAAACUGAGGUUGUUUCUUUUUCAUUAGGGGCAGAAAAAUUUUAGUGAUUAAACACCACUGCUUAAGGAAAA